AUGCACGUGCCCGCGCCGCCCGCGGCGACGAUCACAGCGCCCGAGGCGCCGCCGACGCCGCCGGAGCGCCGCAGAAAGCGCGAUGAACGACGGCACGCCGCCGACGAGAAACGCCCGGAGAAGCGGCGCACGGCCGACGAGGCGCGCGCGUUCCUCCGCGAGCGCGCGCAGCGCGAGCGCCUCAAGGGCCCGCGGUCGCAGCUCGACGAGCUGCCGCCGCGGCCGGGCCAGAAGCGGCCGGACGCCGCCGCGCGGUCGCCGCAGGAGCGCGCGGCGUCCGAGGGCAUCGGGCGCGCGAGCAAGUGGGACCGGCGCGUGGCCUACAGCCCGCGGCCUCCGAAGAACGCGACGUUCCACGACUGGCUCCCGGCCUUCGAGGCCGCGUGCGGCCCGCCGAGCCCGAGCGACGACGACGUCGGCCCCGUGACCAUCACGGACGAGACGACGACGACGCUGGACCGCGACGUCCUCGCGCGCGUCCGCGACUUCGACCGCUACCAGAAGGGCAAGCGGCGGCGGCUCCUCGGCGCGGACCCGCGCGCGACGACGCUCGACCCGUCCGCGCCGUUCCGCCUGCCCGUCGGCUGCGCGCCCCUGCACACGCGCAGCUUCCUCGCGGCCUACACGAACACGCGCGACGACGACCGCGCGGGCGACGACGCGGCCGCGGACGACGACCGGGGCCGCUACUGCGACGCCGCGACGUGUCUGCCGAACAUGUUUUUGAUCGGCGCGUCCAAGUCGGGCACGACGACGCUCUACGAGGCCCUGCGCGCGCACCCGCGCGUGCUCGAGAUGUUCGCCGAGCCCCACACGAACGGCGAGACCCACGUCUUCACGGAGCCGCGGCCCGAGCGCGAGCUCGCGCUGCGCGCCGUCCGCCGGUCGCUGCCGCUGAAGCGGCGGAAGCUCUUCGCGCUCCAGCCCCGGCCCGGCGACGUGGACGGGCGCUGGCACUUGGACGAGAGCCGCGACGGGCCGACUUAUGUCGUGGAGUACACGCCCCACUACCUCGUGCUGCCCGAGGUGCGGAGCUGGAUCUGCGGCGCGCUGCGGGUCGCGGGGGCCGACUGCGGCCGCGCGAAGUUCGUCGCCAUGCUCCGCGACCCGGCGAAGCGCGCCUUCUCCCAGUGGGUCAUGAAGACCCACAUGCGCGUGCCGAUCUACAACGACCGGCGCUCCUUCUGGGACGCGGCGCAGGCGGGCAUGCGCCACACGGGCAACUACGCGAAAUGCUGGGACAAGGCGCUCGGCCUCGAGCCGAGCGACGCCGCGGACCGGCGCAAGAUGCGCCGCAACUGGGACAAGCUCCAGACGCGGGCCUACAAGAACACGACGGCGCGCCGCGCGGGCGACGUCGUCGUCGACGACGCCGCGCGGGUCCUCGAGCUCGCCGCGGGCGACUGCCAGCCGAAGCGAUUCCACAACAACCUCUUCCAGGCCUACGUGCUGAAGUCGGCCUACUACUACCAGCUCCUGCCCUGGUUCGCCGGCCAGGGGCGCCACAGCCUCCACGUGCUCACGCUCGAGGGCUUCGACGCGACGGCGCUCCAGCGGCUCCUCGUCUUCGCGGGGCUGAAAUUCGUCGGCGACGGCGCCUACAAGUCCCUCGCCCAGGUCGAGGGCCUCGUCUCCGCCCAGCGCAACGUCGCCCGCGACGGCGGCACGGGCAAGAUCGACGACGAGCACCGCGCGCUCCUCGACGACUACUUCCGGCCCAUGAACCGGAAGCUCGACGCGCUCCUCGCGCCCGUCCUCGGCCGGCCGACGGGGUACCCCGUUUAA